CGCGGUUUUUAACUACCCAACUUCAUUGUGUAUGCAGCUCAUUCUGAAGAAAUAGUUUGGGAAAACAAACAGGGGUUGAAUUGUUUUGAAGAUGGAGAUAUUGAGCACUAAUCGAAGAGCAUUCCCAGUGGAGGAAUCUCCUGUUGGCAGUGCUUCAAAAUACGGGUCUAGAACGUGGCCAAAUCUAUCCUUCUAUCAGACCGCUCCCCACCUGGAAGUAUGUCUUGAGGAUUUUGAGCUUUUUGCUGUCGAUCGUCUCAGAGUCCUGAAAGGUCUAGAAGAAGCAUUGUCACGUGGAAAGAAAAGUGAUGAGAUUGAAGGCAUGGUAAAUGAUUUGUGGAGGAAAUACAUGCGCACUUCAAAUGCAACUGACACAAAAAAUAAAGACUUAAUAUCACAUUUUGUGUUGCGCUUGGUAUAUUGCAGGACGGAAGAGCUCCGAAGAUGGUUCCUUCAGAUGGAGACUACACUUUUCCGCUAUAGGUUCCGUCUAGAAACACCAGAAGCUCAGAGAAUGUUCAUGGAGGAGUGCAAACUUCCUUACAAAGCAAUUACCACAGCUGAGUUUGAGGCUGUGAAAGAUAAACUGGGACAAGUUGCCCGCUCCCUUAACCAGCCUCUGCCUAAUGCCGAAAGCUUCUUCUUCAAGGUUCCUUUUGAGGAGGUUCCUGAGCUUGUUAGCAGUCGAAGAAUAUUCUUGCAAAGAGGUCAUGCAUAUGUUCCCAUGGGCCAGAUUGUUGCAAUCGUGGUUUCUCAGUUCAGGAGUCGUUUAUCAAAAGCACUUGUUCUAACAAACAGAAAGUGGACUUCAUCAAUUGCUGAACAAGAGAAACAUCGCUUGACUCCUAUUGUGGAGACAUUAACUACAUGCUAUCUAGGACCUGACUAUUCUCAUUCAAAUGACAAUGCUGAGAUUUCACUUAAAGACUUAGACAACCUGGCCAAUAACUCCUUUCCACUUUGUAUGCGUCACUUAUUUUUCAAGGUUAAAGAGGAUCAUCAUUUGAAGCAUGGAGGAAGAAUGCAAUUAGGACUUUUUCUUAAGGGUGUUGGGUUGAAAUUAGAGGAUGCUCUUGCAUUUUGGAGAGCGGAGUUUUCUAAAAAGGUAGGUGUGGAGAAAUUUGACAAGGAAUAUGCAUAUUCGAUUCGACACAACUAUGGAAAAGAGGGGAAGAGAACGGAUUACAGUCCUUAUUCCUGUCAAAAGAUAAUUAUGUCAACACCUGGAGUAGGAGACCAUCAUGGUUGCCCUUAUCGACAUUUCAGUGAGGAGAAUUUGCGGGCGACACUUGGAAAAAUCGGGAUUAGUGCUAGGGCAGUUGAUGAUAUCAUUCACAAAGUUCGUGAUCGUCAUUACCAGCUGGCAUGCACGAUGACUUUUGAAGCUGUUCAUGCAUGUUCUUGUGACACAGGGAUCAACCAUCCAAACCAAUAUUUCAAAGAGAGUCAAAAAGUUUUACAAGCAAAGAAUCCCGCGCCUGAAUCAGGAGAGGCUCCAUCAACACCAAUGCGAAAAAGUUGAAAAAAGAGAUUGUUUCUACCCCAAUUUUAGGGUAAAAGAAAUAUUAGAUGGUUCUCUCUCAACAACUUUUAGCAGAAGGGCCAUUUUUAUCUGAAUAACACAGCUCUCUGCUAGAAAGAUAACAGAUCAGGAGAAAUAUCAAUACAUUUGGAGUAGUCCUAUCAUUUGGUGAAUUGAUAUUUGUCAGGGCUUAUGUGCUUGGAAUAGGAUCAAGAAUCAAAACUGUUCUAUUCAAACAUGCGUAGGCGUGUUCCCCUCAUCCAAAGCUCUUCAAUCAGGAAAAGUUGCUGGUAUUGUUGUUUGUCGUUCAGGGCUGGCAUUCUAGUAGCUCCUUGUUAUCAUAUACAUCCUCUUAUCUUUUAUAAUUAUUUAACAUCUUAAUCUAGUAUGUUAGGGUGUGUAGUUGUUUCCACCAUGUAACCCUCUCGAUGCAAUCUAUUCAAAUUCAAGUCUUCUUUUUCA